AUGUCUAAAGAAGCAAAAGCAGAAACACAACCUUUGACUACACCCACUUGUUCCUCAGAUGUUGACAAUGACAUAGUGAAGGAUUUAGUCUUGUGGAGAAGAAAGAAACUCAAUGCAACUGUUCUUGUAGUGGCGACAACAACAUGGGUGUUGAUGGAAGUAUAUGAAUUCAACUUCCUCACUGUAAUCUCAUGGGUGGCCAUAUUUGUUGUUGCUUCAAUAUUCCUCUAUUCCAACAUGCUUGGAAUUUUGGGCAAGGAACCCCCGAACUUGUUGAGGUUGGAAUUGACUGAAGAAACAAUUUUGAGAAUGGGAAACACAGUUCGAGCUUGGAUUGAAGAAGCAAUAAGGUGGGUGUUCCUUGUAAGCGUAGAGAAAGAUUGGCCUGUGUUUGUUGGGGUUGAGGCUGGAUUGUGGUUACUCUCUUGCGUUGGAAAUUGCAUGGACCUCCUAACAUUGGUUUUUAUAGGUAUAUUAGUGAGUGCGAUGGUUCCAUUAACUUAUGUGAAGAACGAGGACAAGAUCAAGAGAUUCGGGGAGUGGUUGAGGGAGAAACACAAAAGAUGUCAUGAGAUUAUCGAUGAGAAGGCCUUCAACAAGAUUAAAAGCAAAAUAGUGGAGAAGAAAACAGGGUAA